GCUUCAUAACAUUAAGGUUGAAUCACUGUAGUAAUUACGUUGCUUUCUCUUGCAGAUCAGAAACCUCAUAUUUUAUCAAAAAUAUCUUAAUUUGUGUUCUGAAGAUGAACGAAGGUCUUACAGGUUUGGAAUAACACGAGGGUAAUUAAUGACAGAAAUUUCUGUUUUUGGGUGAACUACCAAUUUAACAUUAAAGGAAUAGUUCCUUCUAACAUGAAAAUUCUCUCAUUUACACAUCCUCAUCUGUAUAUAUUUCAUUCUUCUGUGGGAAUGAAAGUGUUUUGGCUUUGGUGCAACAAAUUAGCUGGAAACCCCUAUGGAGUGAUUUUUUUUUUUUUUUUUUUUUAACCAAAACCAUUGUGAUCUUUCUUAAAUGAAAAGUUUGUGAAUGUUGAAAUUGUUUUUGUUAACAGGAGCAAUCAAACCAGAGUGACAUGGACUCAUCUGAUGAGGGCAGUGUUUUUAUUCCUUCGGCGGAGCAGUCUACAAAUGAUGACGACUAUGAUUCAGAAAAGCCAGAAAUUGAAAAGACUAAUCGAAAGACUAUAAAAGACACAACAUUUCAAUCGGCCAAUGAGGUUAAGAUUAAAGCAAAAAAGUCCCAAAAAAAUUACAAUUAAAACUAGUAAGCGAAAUCCCAAAGGCAAACGAAUUUGGAAUAAAAAGCAGUACUGUGUCUACUGUGAAAAGCCGCAAGGCAAGAUCUCUAGACAUCUGGAGAGACUUCAUUCGAAUGAGACAGACGUUGCUAAAGCCUUGAGUUUUCCCAAAGGCUCCAAGAAAAGAAGAAUUCUUCUUGAACAGGUUCGAAACCAAGGUAAUUAUUACCAUAAUAUAAGAGUGUUGGAAACUGGACGUGGAGAGAUUGUUACGUGGCGACAGCCAACUGAAGAUGCAAUAAUUACUGAUUUCCUGCCCUGCCCAGAUUGUCUGGCCUUCUUCAUGAAAAAGGACCUAUGGAAACACUCGAAGACAUGUAGGGGACAGGGGGCUGUGAGAAAAAAAAAAGGAGAGAGUGUGAGAUCAUCUGCUGCCUGUCUGAUACCAAUGGCAGUCAAGUGUUCUGCAGAAGUUAGGUCUCUUAUACAAACAAUGCGUCAAGAUGAAAUCACACAAACAAUGAAUGGACAGAUUAAUCUGUCUCUAUGGUGAAUCACUUUACACAAAGUGUGGACAUGAUAAAUCACAGCAUCACUACAUCAUUCAAAAAAUGAGGGAACUGGCAAGGUUUAUGAUAGUAGUAAAAUCAAAUUCCAAAAAAGUAAGGAACCUUACAGAGCUCUGUAAGCCAGAGAACUUUCUGCUUGCUGUCACUGCUUGUAAGCAAGUGAGCCACUUUCAGCCAGAUUUAAAUAUGUUUAAAACCCCCUCUCUUGCUCUGAAGAUUGGUUACUCCUUGAAGAAGGCCUGUCAGAUAAGGUUGGGACAAAGUUUAAUGGCAGGGGACAGAGACACUGAAAAGAGUUUGAAAAACUUCAUAAAGCUUAUUGAAAGUCAUUGGCGCACAAACAUUUCAAGUCAGGCCCUCAACACUUUGCAGCAGGGCAAGUGGAACAAGGGGGACACUAUUCCCCUUACUGAAGAUGUCAUGAGUUUACAAAACCACCUCAAUUGUGUGGAGCGGGUCGCAAAACAAAAGCUCAAAGAGGAUGAGAAUAUCAGUGACUGGAAAGUAUUGGCUGAGACUUUACUCUGUCAGAUCAUUCUUUUUAAUCGGAGACGUGUAGGUGAGGCAUCCAAAUUGCUCCUUGCAUCAUAUGCGAGUCGAAGUGUGAAGCCUCCUAAUGAGGAUGUGGUCAAAUCCCUGACAAAAUUAGAACAACAGUUGUGCAACGAGCUGACUCGAUUAGAGAUUCGAGGGAAGAGAGGCAAGAAAGUACCCGUCCUACUCACGAAGGACAUGGUUGACUCCAUGGACCUGCUGAAUGGAAGCAGGAGCAAAGUGGGCAUCGACAAAGACAAUCCUUAUGUUUUCGCAAGGGUGGGGGCUUUGACGCACAUCCGCGGAUCAGACUGUUUGAGGAAAUUUUCAAAAACCUGUGGCGCAAAAGACCCCAGGAGUCUUACAUCAACCAAAUUAAGAAAACAAAUAGCAACUCUCAGUCAGAUCAUGAAUUUAAAAAACAAUGAACUUGACCAAUUGGCCAAAUUUCUAGGACAUGAUAUAAGAGUGCACCGCGAGUACUACAGACUGUUGGAAAAUACAAUUCAGCUCGCGAAAGUGAGCAAGUUGCUUUUGUCCUUAGAAAAAGGUGCAGAUUGUUAUAAAGGCAAAUCAUUGGAGGAGAUUACCUUCAGUACAGAGGAGACCCAAAAUGACACAAGCCCUGCUUCCAGAUGCCAGCAAGAGCAUGAAUGCCAAACCACAGAAAAAGAUGCCUCAGAGAAUGAAGAUGAACAACUCUCUACCUCAAAACAACACUCUACCUCCAGAAAGUCUGUCAGUCGCAAGCGUCACGUCUCAGAAAUGGAUGCCUCAGAGAAUGAAGAUGAACAACUCUCUACCUCAAAACAACACUCUACCUCCAGAAAGUCUGUCAGUCGCAAGCGUCACGUCUCAGAAAUGGAUGCCUCAGAGAAUGAAGAUGAACAACUCUCUACCUCAAAACAACACUCUACCUCCAGAAAGUCUGUCCAUCACUCUCCUGCACACAAACAACACAUUAUAGAAAUGUUCUCAGGAAAGAAGGCUCCUCGGAGGCCAUGGAGUAGUGAAGAGCAGGAUGCUGUAAAGCGCACACUAAGAAAAUUCUUUUCCUUGAGAAAAGUUCCUGGAAAAGUGGCAUGUCAAUCAUGUCUGGAUGCAAAUCCAGUCCUCAAGUCAAGAUCUUGGGUUGACAUUAAAAACUUUGUCCACAACACUCUUCAAACCAUGAAAAGGAAACUUGCUUCCUGCAGGAAUGCGGUCUAAUUUCAUUUUAAGAUAUUAGUUCAAUAUAUACUCAAUUUCUAAGAAAAGCAAUUUUAUUUACAUUAUUUACACCGAGCACUUUUUUCUUUUGUUGGAGAAACAGAAAUCUCUUGUACUGUAUUUUGUAACUAAGCACUUUACUACAUUUCCUUUUUCAGAGGAAAGUAAGCACUUAAUUUCCUUUUUUCUAGGAGAAAUGGAAAUCUUUUGCAUUUUGUAAAAACUAUGCACUUCACUUGCAUUUCCUUUUUUCAGUGGAAGUAAGCAUUUCAUAAAUUCUGAAUACAAUUAUUAUGCAAGUUGAUAUUCUGAUCAUCUUUUUUUUCAAGGAAAAUUUAAUCAAGCAGAUUAAUGUGUUUUGGAAUUGGUAAAAUGUGCUUGGAAAAAAAAGAUGAUCAGAAUAUCAACUUGCAUAAUAAUUAUGCACAAACUAUAUUGAUUUCUACUGUUUAUAAAAAAUCUGCACAAUGGUCUGCACUUUUUUCAUAGCUUUUGUUUUCAUUGUCCGUUUAGUUUAGUUUCUGUUAAGUCUACUCAAGUUCUUGUUAGUUUCUAUGGUUAUGUAUUUGUUGUCAUUCCGUUCUCUUUCUGGUCUCUGUUUACUGGUUUUGUUUACUCUUCACCUGCCUUCUCUUGUGUGUACCUCGAGUCUUCUAUUACACACAUUUCUGCCAAAAUUCUUGUAGGAAGUGAGGUAAUCCAUUAGAAAUUAACCCUGUCCUAUAGGAUUUUAGCUCUAUAGGGCUAAAUUAAAAUGUUUGUUAAAUUACUUUCUCAUUUUCUCUACAGAGUUUAUAGCAGUUUAUGUAAUGAAAAGUUAUCUUUAUAUAUACUGCAGAUAAAAAGUUUUUAUUUCAGAUAAAUGUCUGAUUAUUUUUUUCAAAUGUUUCUUGAGCAUCAAAUCAUCAUAUUAGAUUGAUUUCUGGAGGAUCAUGUGACACUGAAG